AUUAACCGGCUUUUAAAUUUUUAUUGUUUUAGGAGGCAUCACUUGUAACAAAUGUAAUAUGUCACCUAUUAGAGGCGUACGAUAUAAAUGUGCCAAUUGUGUUGAUUUCGAUCUUUGUGAAAUGUGUGAAGGAGCCAACAGCCAUAUUAAUACGCAUGUUUUUUUGAAAAUCAGAAUUCCUAUUCCCCCACUUGCAAACCCACGAAGUGCAUUAUUACCUGCAUUUUAUCCUGGAAAACAUCAUAAUAAGCCCCCUGUCCCCACAGAAAAGUAUCGUGCUCUGCAGCAAACUUCUCAUUUUGAUCAAGUGGAACUUGAAGCGCUUUAUGAACAAUUUAAAUCCCUCUCAACAGUCGAUAAAGAUGAAGGGGGAAUAGACAGAGAAACAUUUGAGCAAUGUCUCGGGCCUUUGGGAUUAGAAAAGAAUUUAAUCACCGAAAGAAUAUUUGCAUUUUUCGAUCAGGAUGGCGAUAAUGUCAUUAACUUCUCUGAAAUUGUAGCAGGAUUAAGUGUUCUAUGUAAAGGAAACCUUGAUGAAAAGAUAGAAUAUGCAUUCAAGGGGUAUGACUUGGAUGAAGAUGGUUAUAUAUCUCGAGAUGAACUCUAUCGAAUGUAUAAAUCAUACUUUUAUUUGUCUAUGGAAUUAGUCAGGGAUGUGGUGAGUGCAAUGGAGGAUGAAAUGAUGGACACUUUUGAGUUCUCAGCUUCUCAACCAGUCAGUGCUGCAUUUAAUGUAGCAAUGCCCUCCACACCCUCUGACAGAAACAACAGUGAGGAUGAUAGCAGUGAUGACGGGGAAAAUUUUGUAACUGAGGCAGGUCCCUCAACCGAUGAUAUAACCACUAGAACUAAAAAGAGACGAUACCCUCUAAAGGAGGAUCACUUUUUAAAGCAAUAUGCUAUAGAAGCUGAACAAGCGCAGGCGCUAGCUGGUGCAUCAGACGCACAAAUUAAGGAAAUGACAGAUGAUGUACUCCGUUCGGAUAGUCAUCGACUAACGAUGUCCAAGAAUUUGACGGACACUAAAGAUGAAAUAACCAAGAAUCUGGGAAACAGUGGCGAAGGCAAAAAAGCUUGGGAAGAAAAGUUUCCCAUCAUGGAAACCAUGUCUCAAGGUGCUAUUAAUGAAAUGGUCGAUAAAACGUUUAAAAGCAUUAAGACUGAACGGGAAGGUUUUAUCAAUUUUGAAGAAUUCAAAGAAUGCGUGCAAACUGAUUCAAGUAUAGUUAGCUGGUUUGAAGCUUUAGGCACUGUAUUCUAAAACGCAUUAUUCCCCCCCCCACAUAUGUGCCAUCAGCGUGUUCUUGAACAGAAUCGCUUACAUCGUCGUAAAUAUCAAAUCUUCGUUGGUUGUAAAGAGGAAUGUUCGUUCGAACUUCCUUAACUUGCUCAGGGUCUAUCAAUGUUCAUUAAAAAUGUAGCUAAUUUAAUCUCGUGUCAGUGCACUUACCAAUAUCGGCAUAAACAAUGUCCUCCUUCUCCUCAGUCGUAGCAACAACAACGCCCCUAAACAAAUAAUAAAUUUCCAGUUCUCUUCCAUUCUAAGCUUUACUUACUUUGGGUCUACUACAGUAGAAUGGCCCCAGGCAUGGUAAUCUGCAGAAAGAUCACGAGCAGGGGAGCAUGCUGCGACGUACAUUUG